UAAAAGUCAGUGCCGGCGGGCGCCUGUACACGUAGUUGUUUCUCCCCGAGCGCACGCCAUGGAGGACGACGACGACACGAGAAGCAGCGGCGGUGCUUUCUUCCGCGACACGCUGGUGGAGGCCAUGCAGCGGCGCGUGGACGCGGUGCCCUCCGACCCCGAGGACCCCUACACCAUCUUCCGCCUCCCGGCCGCCGUGCGGGAGCUCCACCGCGACCUGUACGAACCCAAGGUCGUGUCCGUGGGCCCCUACUACCACCACCGGGCCCGCGCCGGCGCCGGGCUCGGCGCCGCGCAGCAGCACAAGUGGCGCCUCCUGCGCGACUUCCUCUCGCGCUCAGGGCAGCGGCACAAGAACGACGACGACGACGACAAGGGAGCCGGCAUAUCCGCCCUGGGGGCCUACGUGCGCGCCGCGAGGGCGCUGGAGGCCGAGGCGCGCCGCUGCUACGCGGAGGCGUUCGACGAAGCGCUGGGCCCCGACGACUUCGCGGAGCUGCUGGUGCUCGACGGCUGCUUCCUGCUCGAGUUCUUUUUGAGGAAAGGCGAGGGCCAGCUCGCCGGCGCGCCGGGGGGCGCCAAGUGGGCGUGGCAGCACAUGUACCGCGACGUCCUCCUGCUCGACAACCAGAUCCCCUUCUUCGUCAUCGAGAAGCUGCACGGCAUCGCCUUCCCCACCGAGGAUGGCGGAACGGAUCGUGACGCGCUCGUGGACAUCUUCUGCAAGGCAUUCGCCGGCGACCUGCCGUCCAGCCGCCCGAUCCGGCCACGGAGCGGCAAGACCAUCCACCACCUGCUGCACCUGCACUACGAGUGCAACGUCCGUAACCCGGCCACGGACACAGCCGACAAGUCCUCCCGCAACGGCAACGGUAGCAACGCCGAAGCCUCGCUGGCCGUGUGGAAGCAGCAGCCUUCGCCGGUGCCGUCCUCACGGUCUAGCAGCACCGACGUCGGCGCCAUGAACGGGCAGCGGCUGACGACGACGUCGAUGGUGCCGCAGGCGUCCAAGAUGGAGGAGGCCGGGGUGACGUUCAAGCGGAAGGCGGCCCCGCGGGACAUGUUCGACGUGUCGUUCCGGUACGGGGUGCUGCACGUUCCGGCGUUCGUGUUGGACGAGGCGUCCAAGGUGCUGCUGGCGAACCUGGUGGCGUUCGAGCAGGGCGGCGGGCGCGCGGCGAGGCAGCUGGAGGGGGGCAACCUGGUGACCGGGUUCGUGGCGCUGCUGGGGUCGCUGGUGGGCGCGCCCAGGGACGUGGAGGUGCUCCGCCGGUGCGGGGUCAUGCACUGCAUGGUCGCCCACGACGACGCCGUCAGGUACUUCGCCCACGUCGUGCAGUACGCCACCAUGGACUAUGACAGGCACCUGCUCGCCUGCCUGUUCCGGGAUAUCAGGGAGCACUGCCAUUGGAACCGAUGAUCGUGUAUUCGUGCGCACGUCCAUGCCUGCUUCGUCUUCGAUUUUAAGUCCCCACAGAAAGAACAUGUCCAUGCCUUAUUUUGUAUACUCCUGCAGGUUCAGUGUAAAUUUGCUUUUAUUCUUUUCAAUUUCUCCUAUCAAAGACACAUUUUUGUGAUGGCCUGUAUCUGAAUUUCGCACUUCUGGUGCCAAAUUCAAGAGCAUUAACAUUUACCUACGAAAGACACCUUUAACCUUAA